AUGAGCAACGAUGCCCACUGCUACGGAACGCUUAAGUCUACAUCCAGAAAUCCACUCACAACUGAGGCUUCCCGCCGUGCGAGCGGCACCAGCUCACGUGCUGAUUGCGCAGUUCCAGGAGGCACCACGGUGCUGGUGGAGCUCACCCCGGACAUCCACAUCUGCGGCAUCUGCAAGCAGCAGUUCAAUAACCUCGAUGCCUUCGUGGCCCACAAGCAGAGCGGCUGCCAGCUCACCAGCGCCGCGGCCGGGGCCGCCAGUACGGUCCAGUUUGUGUCGGAGGAGACGGUGCCUUCGGCACAGGCCCAGGCCACCACCAGAACCAUCACUUCGGAAACGCAAACCAUCACAGUUUCUGCCCCAGAGUUUGUUUUUGAGCAUGGCUACCAAACGUACCUGCCCAGUGAGAGCAGCGAGCCUCCAGCUGCUGCUAUUGUCUCCACGCCACCAAAAGCACGCUCGAGAAAAUCCACUUCUUCGCUUACACAGAAGAAACUGAACUGCUGCUAUCCAGGUUGCCAGUUCAAGACUUCCUAUGGUAUGAAGGAUAUGGAACGUCAUCUACGAACACACACAGGAGACAAGCCCCAUAAAUGUGAGGUUUGUAACAAAUGCUUUAGUCGUAAAGAUAAGCUGAAGAUGCAUAUGCGUUCUCAUACUGGGGUGAAACCUUACAAAUGUAAACACUGUGACUAUGCAGCUGCCGACAGCAGCAGUCUCAACAAGCACCAGCGCAUUCACUCCAAUGAACGUCCUUUUAAAUGUCAGAUCUGUCCUUAUGCAAGCCGCAACUCUAGCCAGCUCACUGUACAUCUCAGAUCCCACACAGGAGAUGCUCCUUUCCAAUGUCAGAUGUGUCCUGCUAAAUUUAAAAUCAACUCGGACUUGAAGAGGCACAUGCGUGUGCACUCUGGUGAGAAGCCUUACAAAUGUGAGUUCUGCGAGGUCCGAUGUGCCAUGAAAGGAAACUUGAAAUCACACAUUCGUAUCAAGCACAGCAUGGAAAAUACUCUAAAGUGUCCAGAGUGUGAGUUCCAGUGUGGAAACAAAACAAGCCUUCGGCACCACAUAAGAACUCAUCAGCCUGAGCAGCCAGUGAAGUGUUCGGAGUGCAACUACUCUUGCUCCAACAAGGCGGCUCUGAAGGUACACGAGAGAAUUCACUGCAAGGAUCGUCCUUUCAAAUGUGAAUUCUGCAGCUUUGAUACCAAGCAGCGGAGCAACCUGACAACUCAUGUGAGGAAAGCUCAUGGAGACAAAGUCAAGACCAGGAAGCCAACUGUGGAGAAGAAAGAAGGAGAUAGGCCAAAACAGGGUGGCUCCAGGCAAGUCGCCAAGUUGGAUGCCAAGAAAGCAUUUAAGUGUGACCUGUGUGAGGCUUCCUUUGUCCGAGAAGAUUCUCUUAGGAGUCAUAAGAAGCAGCACAGUAUGUAUAAUGGGACUAAAAAUAAUGAACUGGCUGUUCUACAGCUUCAGAUGGAUCCCAGUAGGCAGACCAGUGCCCCAAUUACUGUCAGUCACCUCCAGGUCCCACUUCAGGCUGCUCAGGUUUCUCCGUACAAUGAGGGAAGGGUCAAGAUCAUUGUAGGUCACCAGGUCCCUCAGGCAAACAGUAUAGUUCAGGCUGCAUCGGUGAAUGUCAUGCCUCCCACGUUAGUUAGCCAGAAUCAGGAAGACCUCUCAGCCAAUAGCCGGUUGCAGCUGCUGGGCCAAGUCAGUUUGUUGGCGCCACCUCCACCUCCCAUAUCUCAGAGCGAAGCAGGGUCUGUGGCACAACCAGCAGUUCUUCUCACAACUCAUGACCAAAGUGAUGGAAGUGCUUUACACCAGACUCUGGUUCCUGCUGCUCCUGUCAGCAGUCAUGAGGCUUCAGCAAACCAAGCUUUCAUCACCAGCUCUGGAAUCAGCUGCUCUGACUUAGAAGGCCUUAAUGCUUUAAUACAAGAAGGAGCAACGGAAGUGACUGUGGUUAGUGAUGGAGGUCAGAGUAUCACUGUGUCCACUUCAGCUCCCCCUCCUCCUAUCUUUUCCUCGUCCUCUCACACAGAAGCCCCUAAGCAGACCUAUUCUAUCAUUCAAAGUGGAGCGCAUACAGCUUUGCUAUGUCCAGCAGACUCCAUACCAGAUUAGUCACAGAGUACUAUUCCUAAACAAUUUUCGGUCUCUGCAGCAGUGCUGAAGUCAGCAAAACUGCACAGGACAGGAGUGAAUGCAGAAUUUGUUCUAUAAAGCCAAAUACCUUCCACAUGCACGUUUUACCUGUCUAUACGACUUGUAUGUGGAAAAAGAGGAUGUGUAUAUUUAUGUGCCUCUAUUAAAAUCAGAGGCUGUAUUCUUUGUAAAGUCUUGAGUAUCAAAGCAACUGUUUAAAAUUUCACCUAGCAGUAAGCUUCCCAGAAUAUAAUUCUUCUGUCGUACUUGAUAAAUUAAGAAAACAUCACCUUACGAUAAAUGAUCAUCACAGCAGACUCAUGUUUUUAUGCACACACAAAAAGAUAAUAGUUCAAGCCAUUCUGAAGUAUAUUUUUAAGAAAUGCCAGUGGAUACAUCAACUGGACCUGACUUUUUAGAAAUACCUAGUACCCAGAUCUCUUGCAGCCAUAGUAAAAGUUAUGGGACCUAUUCCUUAAUGACAGUAGAAGUUGGUAGCACCUGACAAUUAAUCUGGAAAUGCUUGUGCAGAAGCAGACCAGGUGAUUGUUUUUAGAAGACAGAAAAAUUUUGUCCCUCCAUCACUAAUAACUACCUUUACUUGUUAGCAAGAACACUAUUGCAAAUCAUGUACGUGGCACAGUGAUCUGUCAAGAGUUUCUUUUGUUUUAAAAAACGGAACUACUACAAAUAUAUUUUUUACAAACACA